GUGGUCACACUGAUUGAAAUCUUUCGGAGCGUCUCAAAAAGUUGGAUUGAAAAGCGUAAAAGAAAAUUAAAAGCGCCAUACACAACAAAGAUUUUUGUAUUAAACGCACCACCCGUCUAAAAAGUACUGUUCGUUAGUCGCCGUCUACUCAAAAUUGCAUAACGCCAAUUGUGGUUAAUUUGCUACACACACUAUUGGGAAAAACGCAAACGUCGUACAUGUGUUCUUAAUUGCACUAAAAGAAGGAAAACAACAGUUACUUGUCAUUUCAUUUUUUUUGACGCAUCAAAGAAGGCUAAACAAAGGCCAUCAUGAGUUCCACUGAGGAAAACAGUCCAGCAACAACGCCACAGGAGAACGAGCCAACUGGCGAUCAGACUAACCCACGAGAUUUGGAAAAGAUCGAGGAGGAGAAGCUCAAGUCGAAAUAUCCAACUGGUAUGCGUGUGCCUGGUGGACAUUCUGCAUUCCUUCAAAAACGAUUGCAAAAGGGCCAAAAAUUCUUUGAUUCUGGCGACUAUCAAAUGGCCAAACAGAAAGGUGGCGGCGUGAAACAGGUGUUUGCCAAUAAGGUAACCACCGGUGAGGCGAUCCCAACUCCAGAAACGGUGCCUGCUCGCAAAACGUCGAUUAUACAACCAUGCAACAAGUUCUCAACGGCGAGUUAAGCAACAACUUUCAUUUGGCGUCGAAACAAAAGCGUCUCACAUUCAAUCGACGCCUUUCCAAAUGCUCUUUACCUAAUACAUAUAUAGUCUACUAUUUGCUAGAUCGGCUGAUCUGUGUGUGCACUAUGCCGUUUUGCGCUGGCGCUCAUUUUGCCGAAAUGUUAACAUGUCAUUCAAGUCUUUUUACUCAUAUUUGAUUUUGAUUUCGAUGUUUGAUUAAAUCUCAGUUAUAUACAGCUAUUUACCUAAACAAAACAAGAAAAAAUUAACAAUUAACUUUAAUGUAUAAUCCUUUAGCAUGCUCUAAUAUAUAUAUCUAAUUGCGCCGAUAUACUAUAUACCUAGCUUAUUAUUAUAUGCAGUCAAUCUCAAAAGAACGUUUAAUGUAUCAUAUAUAGCACACUUGAAUCAGCACAUCACUAUGCAAAAAAAAGAAAAAACAAAAAAAAAAAAAAGCGAGAAGUUCUAUUUAACCCUGAUCGUAUGUAGUCGUAAGUUAAUUGAAAUCAUAAUAAAAUUAAGCUGAUACCAGUUCGUAUAAUUCAAA